ACUCUGGUUUUUCCUCUGCAUUGGUUUCUGGAUAGCGGAAGCUGCGGGUGGACGCGCGCCCUUUGUCCGAUUACACUUUAAACCGGCGCAGACCCAUCUGGGGCGCUGAACAGUUUCGUCUGCGUCUAGUAAUCGCUCGCGUUAGCAGCUACGACAAUGAUGUCCAGGUCCGUGCGCGCCGAGACGCGUAGUCGCGCCAAGGACGACUUCAAAAGGGUCAUGCAAGCCAUCGACAAGGUUCGCAAAUGGGAAAAGAAAUGGGUUACCAUAGGAGACACGAGCAUGAAGAUAUACAAAUGGGUCCCAGUUCCAAGUACAGACCAGGCAAGGGCAAAGACUAAAGUACCAACAGCUUCAAGUAACAAAGAAAACAUUGAAACAUCAUCCAAACAUGACAUCAAAAAUGACGACUCCCAGUCCUUGGUAGGAAAAGACAAGUCUAAUUCAAACAUGUCUGAAGGCAUGGAGGAAUCUUUCACUGGUUUCUCAGAGUUCAGCCAGGACUCUCAGGGUGAGAGUCAUGUUCUAAGGGAUUCGCGACCAGAAGAAUCCAGUACGUGCAUUACUGAAAACAGCAGCGACACGCAGUUUCCAGACUCUCAGGGAGACCUCUCAGCAAGGCGAGAUGAAUCCAGUGAGGACAGCACAGAGGCACCGUUGAAGAAGUUGAAGAUGAGCAGCGAUUGCUCUAAGGCAUAGUAGCAUCACUGCCAAUCGUGAUCUCUGCCAUCAUCAUGAGUACCGAACAUUUAUGUUGUAAGAAUCACCCAUGUUGUGUCAUCCUGUGCCCAUCAUCAUAUCUUGUGUGCUGCUAGAAAGGGUCAGUGCGAAUCUCAGCCCUGGUGAAAGGAGAACUGGGAACCUGCGAUCGAGUAAAGCGUGCGCGUUUGCAUGUAGAGAUACAUAGCAACAUAUUCUGUGUUACGUGGUGUAACGCAAAAUAGGGUUGUAUCACAUUAGGGUUGAAAGAGAAUGGUGGCCUUUCGGAAUGCCCUUUGAAUUAUAGCACAAGUGUACUCCUAACUACAUAGCUACUGCAGUAGAUGUUUAAAUCGGUUAUGCAUUCCACAUCUUUUCUUUGUGAUCGGUUAUCUACAAGCACAGCUGUAUCAACCAAUGUGAAGCACAUAUAAUCCAGACCUGGAAUGACCUGUUAGCAGCUGUUGAAUAUUCGUUGCCACCUGCCUUGAUGCCCCACUCUUCCACUGAUCUUGCAUGGAGGCCAUAUGUGAUUGCAGUGCCUUUUGCCUGCUUAUGAUAUCAGCUUAUUAUAUUGAAAUAUUACUAGCCUGAGUAUGUGCCUGUUAAGUAGUUUGAUUUAAUGUGUCCUAUGCGGUUUAAUGAGCUGCUACGUUUCAGUUUGUUCACUUGUCUUGAAGUGACAGUACCUUCAGGGGACAUAGGCUACGACUAUGAAAACUGCAAAUAUUUAAAGAAUGAAUACUGAAAUUCAACCUUGCUUGUGGAUAAGCAAGAGUAGUAAAAUUAUGCCUGUAACAGUUUCAUUUGUCAUGUUCAUUGUGGACGUUUUGCAUUGAGUUGUGUGACAGAAACAUCUAGGACAUUAUCAGAACCUGUGUACUACAGGAUAUAAUAAAGAAAAGCAUCAAACAAACA